GAGCAGCAGUUAUUUAUGUGCAUUUGUCUCUCUCUAACCCAUGCAGCGACCGGAACAGCAACAACUGCUGCCGCUACAGCAACAAACACAGGCGCAUCAACGAAGAAGGAGAAACACCAACAACGCAAACAGGUGGAUAAAGGCGACGAGAAGCGCGGCAAACGCAAAAAGGACGAAAUAACCGUUGAGAAAAUUGAUACAGGCGAUUUUGUAGUCGGGAUCGGCGACAAAUUGAAGGUCAAUUAUCACGAAAAGAAAUCACCCAGCUCCCAUGGCAGCACCUACGAAGCGAAGGUCAUCGAGAUCAGUGUGCAGCGCGGCGUGCCCAUGUACCUGGUGCACUACACCGGCUGGAAUAAUCGCUACGAUGAGUGGGUGCCGCGCGAGCGCAUUGCCGAGAAUCUAACCAAGGGUUCGAAACAGAAGACUCGCACCAUCAGCACCAGCAGUGCCAAUAGCGGCGGUGCACCCGCCCAAGCAUCCAACACAGCUGGCAACAGCAGCAACAAUAAUAACGGCAAUAGCAGCAACAGUGGCCCCAACGCAUCUUUGCCACCAAAAGAUGGUUCUGGCAAAGCGGAGCAACAGCAACCACCACCUGGACCGGGCACGGGCCCGAGUGCCUCGCUGCUCCAGGGCUUGACCAAGACACCAACGUCGUCGGCAGCACUCACCACCCAGCCGGGCGGCAAACGUGGACGCGGACGUAGCGACUCAAUGCCGCCGCGCUCCACAACACCCUCGUCGGUGGCCUCGAACUCGAGUCGCACCAAGUCGCCGGCUGCCUCGCAGUCGCUGGCGCAGCUGAAGCACAAGCGACCCACACGCACGCUGCCCAUGAGCAGCAGCAGCAGCAGCAACAAUCAGGGCCGGCGCACCUCUGCCUCGGCAUCCAUCUCGGCCAAUGUCUCGGAUGCCUCCAUGGGCAGCGACAGUGACACGGAUUCCGAUGAGCCAGUGCGUCGUCCCAAGCGGCUCAAUGCCAAGGACGCCCAGCAGCAACAGCAGCAGAGCAAGGCCAAGGCAGCUGCGGCCAGUGGCAAAAAGGUAGCGCCCAUACGACGCACCACCGGCAGCGAUGACAGCGACGACGACGAUGACGAGGAGCAACAACAGCAGCAGCAGCAGCAGCAGCCAACGCCAUCGUCAUCCGGCAAACAGCAGUCGCAGACGGCACAGCAGCAACAGCAACAACAACAACAACAACAGGCAACAGCCAUUCAGCGUCCGCGCGCUGGCAAUCGUGCCAUGAGCAGCGGUGGAGCAGGCAAGGGGCGUGACUAUGAUCUCAGCGAGAUACGAUCGGAGCUGAAGGGCUUUCAGCCGCAGCUGCUGGAGCGCAAAGAAACCAUCAAGACCGAGCCGAGCGAUGUGCAGGCCAAGCAGGAGCCCAAGACGGGCAGCUCCACGGAGCAGUCAUCCGAGACGGAUUCCUACAUGGACGAGGACUCGCAGUCCUCUGAGAAGUUGCCCUAUCGCAAGCAGCAGCAGCAGCAGCAGACGACGACAACUGGCGAUAAGCGCAAAGGUGCUGCAGCAACAGCAGCUCCGAGCGGCUCCACUGCAGAUCAGCAGCAUGCUGCCGAAACGCCCAUCAAGAAGGAGUCGGAGAAGCUGCACAUCAAGCAUGAGACGCUCACUGGUGAGGAUCGCAAGCCAUUCAAAACGGAGCCCAAGGAGGAACAGGCAAAGCCAUUCCAUAGUGGCGCCGAUAUCAAGCCAACGACAACAACAUCAAUAAUAGCUCCAGCACGCUUUGGCGCCAACAGCAGCAGCGGCGGCAGUGGCAGUGGCGGAACAGCCAAGUGCACCUCGGUCAUUGUGGAGAAGCCGCUGACCAUGAUCAAGAAGACGGAGAAAACUGAAGCGACAACAGCGUCAACAGCAGCUGCAGCAGCAGGAGGAGCAGGAGCAGGAGCAGGAACAGGAGCAACAACCUCGACUGGGCCCAAGUUAGAGCUGCUGAAGAAACUGCAGUCGGGUGGCUCCAUGGGCUUGGAGCGUGGCAAAAAGUUUGCCGAGCCGGUGCAGCACAAGGAGACGGCCACAUUGAAGGUGGAACUGCCGGCUGCCUGUUCGCCAUCCUCAUCCAGUUCAUCCUCCAGCUCGUUCUGCUCGAGCAGCAACAAUUCGGCCGCCACGUCCGCCAGCCUGAGCAGCUCCUCGGCGACGCGCUCCUUGCCGGACAUGAGCAAGCUGGAGAUAAGCAGCGGCACCACCACCACCACCACAACAACAGCGGCUGCAGCAGCCACAGCCACAGCUGGCACGGGCAAGGAGUCCAAAUACAGCAACGUCGGUGGUGCUGCUGCUGCUUGCGGCCCACGAGCUAGUGACGCGUGGCUAUGCCGCAAAUACAGCAGCAGCUGGUGGAGCAACAGCGGCAGGAGCAGCGGCUGCGACCAGCACGCCGAGCAAGGCCAAGAAACGCGGUUCGCCGCUCAAGGAGGCCAGCCUGACGGGCGCGGAGAAGCCCAAGCUAAUCAAAGUGGAUCAGCAGCAGCAGCAGCAGCAGCAGCAACAGCCGGAACAGUUGCUGCCGGCGCCCAGCUAACGCCUGGGCAUCCGCAUGCCACGCCCUUCGAUGUGCUGCGCAGAUCGCCCAUCUUCAAUUUGAAUAUCACGGCCCUCAACGAGGAGCUCGCCCAGACGGUGCAGGAGACAACAAGGGCGCUCACUGAUGCACUGCAGCCGCCCACAACGCCAGCAACGCCGCCAGCAGCAGCAACCGGAGCACCUGCAGCUGGAUCAGGGGCAGGUGCAGGAUCAGUUUCUGCUGCCUUCACGCCAGUCAUUGCUGUGCCCGUCUCGCCCAAGCUGAGCACUCCGCCCCAAGCGAUGGGCGUGGCGAAGGCAACACAACAACAGCAACAGAUUGUGGGCAGUCCCUUCAUGGAGACGCGCAACGUCUUCGAGCUGAGCACCUCGAACGAGGGCAGCGGCUACAGCUCCGGCGAAUCGAACAAGGACAACAAACUGGAGAAGCUGGAGAAUGUGAAGAUCCUGCUGGCGGGCACUGGGGCUGGUUCAUUCGAUCUGGAUGCGGUCAAGUACGAGCAGAAGCCCACCUCCAUUGCCGACAAGGUGCUCAAGGCCAUCAGCCAAAAGAAGGAGGAGGUGGAGCAGAGCAAAACCAAGAGCCAAACGGAAAGCAGCACGGACAAAGACGAACAGCAGCAACAGCAACCACAACCGCAAUCGCAACCACAACCACAACCGCAUCCGAGCAGCCUCAAAGUGGAGCCGAACAGCAUCAGCUCGACCCUGAAGGUGGACACAUUGAGUCUGCUCAGUGAGCAGCUCAAGGUGCAGACCGGCAGUGGGCUGCCCUCGGUGCUGAGCGAGCUGUACCAUCGGACGAGCAGCAGCAACAGUCCCGAAACGAAAUCCAUUCUGGAUGCAUCGCUGCCGGCGAAGAAUAAUGAGCUGAGCGAGACCAUACAGAAGCUCGAGUGCGCCAUACAGCGCAAGACGCCAGUGGCUGGCCAGUCGUUGGGCUCAUCUCUGGCUGGAACACCGCCGGUGACAGCAACAGUGGGCACUGCCAGCUUCUCGGAUGAGUCAAUGGAUAGCACCGAUUCCGAGCAGCGUCUGGUCAUUGAGGACGUCAUUGCCGAGGAGCCGAAUACGGCUACCGAACUGAAGAGUCCCAUGUCCGAGGGAGUCGGCGGUCUAAUGGGCAGUGCGCCGGUCAAGCUGGAGCUGGCUGCCGCGGGUAGCAAACAGCUGACGGGCGUCCAGGCGCCCAUUGCAUUGAAGCCCGUGUUCAUGAUGGGUGUGCCGAUGUCCAUGAAUGUCUUCCUCAACAAGGAGCAGUCCACAGCACCGACAACGUCACCAACGCCAACUGGAACCACUGCAACAGCAGGAGCAGGAGCUGGAGCAGCAGGAGCAACUGGAGCGGCUGCAACGCAUACAGCACAACCAUCUGGGCUGUCUGCGCCUGGAGUGCCAAUUGUGGUGCCCGAGAUCCCAGUCUCUGUGGUGGUUGCACUGCGUCACAGUCCGGGCAGCGUCAGUCCCGCCUCACCCAAGCCAGAACCGAAGCAGACGCCCAAGCAAUUGCUGCCCGCCGCCGACGAGGGCGGUUUACUGCUGAAACCGUACACGGCCCAGGCGAGUCCGCCAUUGCCGGAUGCUCAGGCUCAGGCACAGGCACAGACUCAGGCACAGGCUCAGGCACAAUCUCACUCACAGGCACAAUCAUUGGCCGUGGAGGCCAAGGCGUCGCCAUCGCCGCUGCCACGCCCAUUCGCACUAUACCAACAGGCCAAGGAGCUGCCCAUGCACGUCUCGCCCGCAGCGGGCAGUCCGCUGAUCAGCGAGGCCUCCCACACGGAGGCAGCCAUCAAUCUGCUCUGCGAGGAGACCAUACCGGGCAGUCCGGCACCCAACUACAGCAGCAAGGACGAGCCGACGGGCAACACGCUUGGCCUGGCACUCGGCACUGGUGGCGCCGCCGUGACAAGCUCAUCUGCCGGGCCCAUACCUGGCAUCGCAUCCAUGCCGUCGGACACACCGUCGCCGCGGGCCAACCAAGCGCCGUUGGCUGGACAAUCGGCGCCGGCUGCCUCGGUGUCGCCGAACAGCUCGCCGGAGUCGCCGGCCAGCCAGGACGACAGCAGCGAGGAGACCGGCAGCAGCAAGAAGCAUACGGAGCUGGAGAGCAACAGCGCGCUCAGCGGUCGACGGAAGCGGCGCGCCAAGGCGAACGAAUCAAAUGUCCAAUCCGCUGUCUGUCACUUCCUGGGCAAGCGACGCAGGCAGCAGAUCAACAACAUGCGCAAGACAGCUGCAACGACAGCUGGCUCCGAUACGGAUGAUACGUCCGAGAAUGUAGUCACCACACAGCGUCAUAGUGCACGCCAUCAACUGUUGCCGCAGGGACAACAGCAACAGCUGCAGCAGCAGCAUCAACAGGAGCACCAUCAACAGCAGCAACAACAACAACAGCAGCAGCAGCAGCAGCAACAACUGCCGCAACAGCAACAACAACAGCAGCAGCCGGCACAAACAAUAACCAAUGCAUCGGGCGUCAGACCAUGUCCCUACAACUUCCUGGUGGAAUUGGAUCCCUCACUCAGCGCCGAGCAGUGCAUAUUGAUACUGCGCAAGCAGAUUCAGGAUCUGCGCAAGGCCUACAAUAGCAUCAAGGGCGAGCUGGCCAUCAUUGAUCGGCGGCGCAAGAAGCUGCGUCGUCGCGAGCGCGAGAAGAAGCAGCAGCAGCAGCUGCAGAGCCAGCAGCAGAGCAAAAUCUGUGCAUAAUAAGAAACGUAAA